GAACCUGUAUUUAAUGGAGACAGAGGAAAGGAGCUGCUCAACCUGUUUGCUAUAUAUACGUUAAGUAGUGGCCCUGUAUUUUUAGCGGGAGGGGAGCGCGCUGGUCAGUCUCUGGCCUGGCCCCGCUGCCUCAAGAGCUUCGACCUGUCUAUUAGUUUUGGAGGUGUGGCCAGAGUUAUGCUCCAGGAGCUCCAGAGGGGCAUGACGUCGAACACUAUCAGGGGUAUCAGAAGGAAAAAGUCGACGUUGACAGAAGUUAAGGUUGCAGUCAUUGGCGCACCCGGGGUAGGCAAGAGUGCGUUAACUGUUCGUUUUCUAACCAAGCGAUAUAUUGGAGAAUAUGAUCAUCAAGCUGAUAUGAGAUACAAACAUGAGGUAUUAGUCGACGGCGAACCGAUCCUGUUCGAAAUAUUGGAUUCGUGUCCGAAGACAGAGGAUGAUGUUCCAUCCAACGAGAUACUUAAUUGGGCUGAUGGAUGUCUCUUAGUAUAUGCAAUUACUGACAGAAUAUCAUUCAAUUAUGUCAGAAAAGUUAAAGAAUUACUCUGUGAUAUACCAGUAGCACUUGUUGGCAAUAAAGGAGAUAUGGUGCAUCUCAGACAAGUUAGUACUGAUGAAGCAAGAUUCCGCUCCAGCUCACAAUACCAGGUCAACUCAGCAAUGGCUGCAAAAGAACAUUCCAGAGUUCAUCUCUGCCUUGAAUUGGCUUCAGAAAGCCCUGAUUUCAACUCACUAGAUUAUCGGCUUUUGUCCAAACUGGAGAAGAUGGCAUGCCACAGUGCACACCCUAACUUGGAAAGCCUCAAACAAUCUCUGGUCCGAGGCAGUUGAGCGCUUCCCUCAAGAAGUGCUGCGUGCUGCUAUUGAUGACUGGCCACGGUGAUUAAAUGCCUGUGUCAAGGCAAAAGGAGAACAUUUUGAGUAAUUU